CUGCGCUUCAGUAUGGCGGUAACAAUGCCGAAGUGUGGAUAGGUGUCAUUUUUUCAAUGUAACAGUGUUGAGUGUGUAGAUCUUGUGGCUUUCGUAUUCGAGAUAAACAUUUUGAAAGAACAUGUUAGUAUAAGUUGUUUAGAUGUGGUACAUUUUCAUCUAAUUUCUUUAUUGAAAUCGCAACAUACCAUCACUGAUUGCAGACAUGUCAAAUACUGAAACCGGAAGUGAUACAAUGGAUGUUGAAUCCCUGUCUGAGAAGUACAGAGAACCAUUUUUACAAUCAAUACCACAUCGAGUGGAAGAAAAACAUCAUGGUCCAAAAAACUUUUAUAAUUAUACAGCUAAAGAUCAAGAAAUUAUACGUGAAGUUUGUGUCAACAAUGGAAUCAACUUUAAUAGAGUCUUUAAUGAUGAUCAGUCACUGGAAGUUUUAGAGAUGUUCUUCUCUGGUUUUCCUCAAAUGAUUGGUUUAAAUCAUUUUCCAAACUUACAAAGUCUAACAAUUAUAGGGCAGUCCAUACAGCGAAUUGAAGGCUUGACUAUUCUCCAAAAUUUGCAACAGCUGUGGUUGUGUGAGUGUGAAAUCACGAAAAUUGAAAACAUUGAUCAUUUGAAAAAGCUGAAAAAAUUAUACCUGUAUUCUAAUCAGAUUAAGAAGAUAGAAAAUAUAAAAACAUUGAAUAAUCUAGAAGUUCUUUGGUUGAACAAUAACCACAUUGAAAAUAUUGAGAAUAUUUCAACUUUAUGGAAAUUGUCUGAAUUGAAUUUAGCUGAAAAUAGGAUUAGAAUAAUUGGACAUUGUCUAGAUGCUAAUACCCAUUUAAGAGAAGUUAAUUUGUCUGGUAAUCCUAUUACCUCUUUAAAGGACAUUACCAAUUUAGUGAGAUUACCUAAACUGGUGAAUAUAAGUUUUAAAGAUCCCCAGUAUGAAGCAUCACCAGUCAGUAUUUUAUGUAAUUAUUCUACUCAUGUGUUAUAUCAUCUACCGUAUAUUCAACGACUUGAUACAUUUGAUGUGUCAAUUCAACAUCUGGCAGAAAUCGCUGAGUCAACAGUAUCAAAGAAGAAGAUGUACUAUAAUAUGAGAAUGAAAGCUAUUCAUUGUAAUUUAUCCAGUGUUAAAAAUAGAUUAGAGAAAUAUCGUGAUCUAUUAUUAGAAUUCCCUCAGAAAAGAAUUUUGAAUCUUGUUAAUACAAUAAAAGAGUUAGAAAGGGAAGAAGAAAUACAGGUAAUGUCAGCAGAUAUAAACAGUGAAACAGAAAGUGAACGAGACGCUAAAUUUUUAAAGAAUAUCACAGAGAAUACUGGUACAAAAUCCAUAGUACAGAAAACACAAGAGUUAAAAAAACGACGAAAACAGUGGGAAAAAAAAUGUGUUGAAAUUGGUCGCUCUUGUCUGGAAGCUGUAGAUAGAGUUGUAUACCAGUCAGAGAAUCUUAUUAAUCGUUUGAUAAUAGAACUUGAGACAGGUGGUAAUGUUAGAUUUGAGGAUGGAUCAGCAAUAGAUACAUGGUUUAGUUCCUGUCAAGAUCUAGUUUUAUCCAGAUUUUGUGCUGCUGAUUAUAGAGAGAAAGGCAUUGUAGGAAUUAAGAUACAUCAAAUAGUUCGAAUACAUCAUCGAUUGUUACGGAUUCAGUUUGACAACAAACUAGAAGAUAUGACAGAAGAUAAAAAUACUGAAGAUUUUUUGUCAACGAAACCAACUUGUUUUAAGAAAAAUUUGGAGUAUUUAUUUUGGAUGUGGAAUCCAAGCUCUGUGGGUGGAUUAAAGGAACCAUAUCAAGUUUUAGAAGAAGGUUUUAGUGAUGCUGAUACAUAUCAAGUAAAUGGAAUUUAAACGGAAUUUCCUUUGUUUGUCCUCCGCCUUUUAAAGAA